AUGGCACCCUCACUGUCAAAAGUGGCACAUAUACUGUCACAUGUGGCACCUUUACGGUCACAUGUGGCACCUUCACUGCCACAUGUGGCACCCUCACUGUCACAUGUAGCACCCUCACUGCCACCAGUGGCCUCCUCACUGUCACAACACCCUCACUGCCACCAGUGGGACCCUCAUUGUCACAAGUGGCACGAUUUGUCACAAGUUGCACCCUCUCAGUCACAAGUUGAAUCUUCACUGUCACAUGCGGCACCUUCACUCUCACAUGUUGCACCUUCACUGUCACAAGUGGCACCCUCACUGUCACAAGUGGCACCCUCACAGUCACUUGUGGCACCCUCACUGUCACAAGUGGCACCUUCACUGUCACAUGUGGCACCCAGACUUACAAGUUCCACCGUCACUGUCACUUGUGGAAUUUUCACUGUCACAAGUGGAGCCUUCACUGUCACAUGUGGCACCCUCACUGUCACAAAAUUCACCUUCACUGUCACAUGUGGCACCUUCACUGUCACAUGUGGCCCCUUCACUGUCACAUGUGGCACCUUCACUGUUACAUGUGUCAGCCUCACUGUCACAAGCGGUACCAUCACUGUCACAUGUGACACCUUCACUGUCACAUGUGGCACCCUCCCUGUCAAAAGUGGCACCUUCACUUUCACCUGUGGCACCCUCACUCUCAAAAGUGGCACUCUCACAGUCACAAGUGGCCUCUUCACUGUCACAUGUGGCACCUUCACUGUCACAUGUGGCACCUUCACUCUCACAAGUGGCACCCUCACAGUCACAAGUGGCACCUUUACUGUUACCUGUGGCACCCUUACUGUCAAAAAUGGCACCCUCACUGUCAAAUGUGGCACCUUCACCGUCACAAGUGGCACCCUCACUGUCACAAGUGGCACCCUCACAGUUACAUGUGGCACCCUCACUCUCUCAAAAGGCACCCUCACUGUCACAAGUGGCACCUUCACUGCCACAAGGGGCAACUUUACUGUCACAGGUAGCACCCUCACUCUCACAAGUGGCACCCUCACUGUCACAUGUGGCACACUCACUGUCACAUAUGGCACCCCUCACUGUCACAUGUGGCACCCUCACUGUCACAAGUUGCACCCUCACAGUCACAUGUGGCACCUCUCAGUGUCACAAGUGGUACCCCUCACUGUCACAUGUGGCACCUCAGUGUCACACGUGGCACCCUCACUCCCAUCAGUGGCAGCCUCACUGUCAUAA